GAUAUGUCUGCUUAUGUGAAAAAGAUUCAAUUCAAGUUGCAUGAAAGCUACGGGAAUCCUUUAAGAGUCGUUACCAAACCACCAUAUGAAAUCACCGAAACAGGCUGGGGUGAAUUUGAAAUAAUCAUAAAGAUAUUUUUCAUUGAUCCAAAUGAAAGACCUGUAACCUUGUAUCACUUGUUGAAGCUUUUUCAGUCUGACACCAAUGCCAUCCUGGGAAAGAAAACUGUAGUUUCUGAAUUCUAUGAUGAAAUGAUAUUUCAGGAUCCUACUGCAAUGAUGCAGCAGCUGUUAACAACAUCUCGUCAGCUAACGCUAGGUGCUUAUAAGCAUGAAACAGAGUUUGCAGAUCUUGAAGUGAAAACCAGGGAAAAGCUGGAAGCCGCCAAAAAGAAAACUAGUUUUGAAAUUGCUGAGCUUAAAGAAAGACUAAAGGCAAGUCGUGAAACCAUCAACUGUUUAAAGAAUGAAAUCAGAAAACUUGAAGAAGAUGAUCAGUCCAAAGAUAUGUGA